AUGUCCAGCACAGUAGCAGGCUCAUCUGCCGAUCCGUCAUCUACCCGGAAGAGAGCUAGCAAGGCCUGCUCGAGGUGUAGGCGAUACAGGACGAAAUGUGUCCCCCUGCGACCCGAUGCGGUCGGUCAACCUCCUUGUGAAGCCUGUGAUACCUUGGGAUUGGCUCAGGAAUGUACCUUCCUACCUAGAGGCCAAUCUGCCUUGGACAGGUCGCAUCGUCGCAGAGCCCCCGCCCCCCGAGGACAUACAUCAGAAUACGCAUCAUCCCACCAUUCACGCUCUGUAUCACCUCCUAACCAUCAUCAUCGACGCGAGUCCCUACAUCAUUUACCUAUCAGUCCCAUCACCUCACCUUCCCCCUCUUCCCGACCCAUCCCUGUCGCUGUCGGUGUGACCAAUGCUCUUCCUCCCCCUUCAGAUAUUAUCGAAGCCAUACGGCACUACGUGGCAUCAUAUUUCCAACUAGGCUUCCUACACAAAGCUCUAUUCGUCGAACGAUACACGUCCCAUCCCGAAUCAGUCUCGCAGUUCUUACUCUUAGCGAUAUGCUCAAUAGCUGCUCCGUUCACACCUACCUUGGUGAAUCGAUAUGGAGGUAAGAAGAGAGCGACGGAUUUCUUUCUGGCCAAAGCGGACGAAAUAUUGGGUAGGGAGAUGGUUCGACCAAGUUUGGAGAGAGCUCAGGCUUUCUUGCUGCUAGGUGUCACUGAAUGGGGUCAAGGAAAUGGUCCGAAAGCUUGGAUGCUCAUUGGAACAGCUGUGCGAAUGGCUGGAUUUCUCGGUCUGCAUCGCGAAUCAACAUAUAAACUACCCCCUAAUCCCACUGCGGAGGAAGUGAUAGAAUCGGAAGUAGCUCGACGCACAUUCUGGGCAAUCACAUGUCAUGAGAACCUCCUCGCCGGUCAAUCCCGUCCUAUGCAAAUUUCACUCGCCGAGGUGGACGUGCUAUUACCUUGUGAAGAAUCAGAAUUCAACUUCGGUAUCCAACCUAGAAACAGAGCUUCCAUCGCUGGUGCGUUAGGUACAUCCUCCGAUUCUUUUGAUACGAAUUCACAAGGGGAUAAAUCCUUAUUUGCCUCGUUGGUCCAAGUGAAAUUACUUUGGAGCUUGACAGCUCGACAUGCAUGUAGAGGAUCAGGAAGGUUCGAAGUUGGAGUAUGGAGUCCGGCGAGCCAGAGCUUAUUGACAGCUCUGCAGGAUUUUGAAGCUAGCUUACCUGUGAAACACCGCUUCAGCUUGACCAAUUUGAGAGGAAUGAUGGUGGAGGGUCUUGAUCUGGCCUUUCUAUCUAUAACGCUUAUUACUAGGUUAUCGAAUAUCGUCAUAAGGAGAUUAUAUCUUCCAUCAAUGGCAGCUGCUAUCGACCCUGAUGGACCGACCGAAGCAAGUUUGGAAUCCCGUCAUUUCUGGCAACGUAUGGCAAAUGAUAUGAUCGUGAAUUCCGAGCAACUCCUCUCGCAGGUUGAGACGUUCUUUAGUAUGAGGUCGGUACAUCUUGGUUUCCCGCCGAUUAUGGUUUUUGGUGUUUAUAUGUGUGGGAAUGUUUGGUCGUAUUUGCGGAAAUGGCCGGAAUUAUGUCUUGAGCGUGCGAACACCGCAGAAAGGUCUUAUGAGAGAUGUGUCGAGAUACUAUCUCAACUGGCAGAUUCUUGGCCUCUUGCUUCAACAUGGCACGUCGCAUUGAAAUCCGCUUCCACUCGACCGAUGCGACAAGCUGGCUACACCAGAAUACGCGCGGCGGUAAGGGACGAGAGGACGCUAGAUGAUGAAAUGGCGGAUAUCUACGGUCAUACUGCACCUUCCAUCGUUGGAUCAUCGCCUGGCGAUAGAGAUACUCAUGGUAUACGGAUGGUCAAUCCACACAUUUCGAAUCAGACGGCCAACAGCCUUCUACCCCCUACACAAGGACAAGCGGGUGCCAACUUGCAAAAUCAGAGCAUGAAUAUCUUCAAUUUCAAUGAACCUCACACGGAAAAUAUCAUCCAGCCAUCCUCAACCGGCACCGGCGGGACCAAUAUUGGAUUUGAUAUGACCUCGACAGCGGAAGCAGAUUUCUUCAUGGACACUUUCGGUGAUGACCUCUCUGCAUUCUUGCAGAAUGCCGUACCAACAAAUGAAGGGAAUGAUAUUGAUGGGAUUGGUCAAUUCCUCUUUGGGGAUGUUGGUAAUGGUGGCAUGUAG